AGAAGUAUAGAUUGAGGCACUACGAAGUCUGCCUGGUCAGCUAUUGGACAUGGUCUGCGGAGGGAUUUCGGUUCCCUCUGUAUUCUGUACCGUAUGUUCCAUGGGGAGUGCUCUGAGGAAUUGUUCGAGAUGAUACCGGCAUCUCGUUUUUACCAUCGCACCGCCCGCCACCGGAGUAGAGUUCAUCCAUACUACCUGGAGCCACUGCGGUCAUCCACAGUGCGUUUCCAGAGAUCUUUUUUGCCACGUACCAUCCGGCUAUGGAAUCAGCUCCCCUCCACGGUGUUUCCCGAGCGCUACGACAUGUCCUUCUUCAAACGAGGCUUGUGGAGAGUAUUAAGCGGUAGGCAGCGGCUUGGCUCUGCCCCUGGCAUUGCUGAAGUCCAUGGGCGACGGUAACCACUCACCAUCAGGUGGGCCGUAUGCUAGUCUGCCUACAAGGGCAAUAAAAAAAAAUAAAAAAAACUGUAAUACUCGUUUAUAAUUUUCUCUUCCUCUAAAGAAGAAGAAAACUCAUAAGCUGGCAUCACUGGCCGGUGCGGUCGUUGACCGUUUUAGGGAUGUGGAUUCUUCCCGAAAUAUGUCAAUGUUUGAAUUGUUCACUAAAAUACCGAGUUCGAAAAAGAACUUUUCAAAAAACUGAUCGUUUUCUUAAACAUUCUGUUUGAACUUUUAAUAUUUAAAGAAAAAAAGACGCGGUUCAAUUUUGACAAUUAAUCAUGACAGAUGAGAAACAGUUAAUCACGACGCUAAUAAAUCAAGUAAGUUUACAUUAAUAGUUUGUUAAAGUUUAUAUUCUCAUUUGAAUAAUUUGCGUACAUUCUUUUCUUUAUCAUCACGUACCUAAACAACCUAUUCUUUUUUGUCAGAAACAAAAGCCAAUGUCUAUUCAUUGUCCCCAUUAAACACAGCCCACUGGGUUUCUCGUCGGAUCUUCUCAGCGGGUUGCGAUUCCGAUACGGUAGUAAAUUCUGCGAAUCACUGCUCUUGGCAGGGGUAGUGUUAGCAAAAUUUCUGAGGCUGAGCCCGUGAAUUUACCUACCCGUCUCCCCAUCUGGGCGUAGCCAGAAUAGCCCCACAGACUACUAGCGAAUCGAAAAGAUGGUGCGCGUGUAAUUUAGUGCACGUGAAACUUCUUUUGCGGUGUGUAUAAUAUUGUGGUUUUCUCCAUUUUUCAUACUUAAAUAAAAUUUCUCUUAAAAUAGAGAAUGCUGUGUAUAAAAAAAAUGACUUAGCUCGCUUUGUCAGUUCGCUGUCGCCACGGUCAAGCGGUUCGCGAGAUGCUCUCAGUAAAUGGUAGGAAUUUGCUGAGAUUUCAAUAGGCUUUUUAAAAGAGCGCGAAGGGCCACGUUUUUAAUUUUUUUUUCCUACACAUGUUCUCUUUCAUCAAUUAAAAACUAUUAUAAGCCUGAAAAAAUAAUAAUUAAAAAACAAUCGUUCUUUUCUGAAAAGGCAUUACAAACAAUAGCUUUUUUAGUUUAUUACCUUUAUUUAUUGCAAUAAGACAAAGAAAAAUUAACACUUGUAGGAUCUAUCGAGUUUUUAUGGCAUCCAACUGUAUAAUAAUUUACGAUUGCUACCUACUUUUCGGAACUUAAUUUUUUUAUCUCGAUUUUUUUACAAAGCGAUUGAUUGGUUACUUUAAGUUAAUAUUCGAUUUUCAUUCGUAAAAAAAAUCGAUUCAAAUCGCCAUCCCUAAAUCAUAUUUUAUUUAGGAAUAUUUUCAAAAUACAGGAAUACAGCAAAACGAAUCAUUAAAAAAACAACCAAGAAAUGUCAAGAAAUGUCGCUGAUGCAGCCAGGAAGUUUCUCUUACUUGGACAAUGUGUACCGACUGUUAAACAAAAUGCUGCAAAAAUUAGAGUAAAGAGGUUAGAAUUAGAUGAAAACCUUUUAAUGUAUUUUAGGAAAGAGGAGUUUUACUAUUGCCACGAUUCAGAGAAAAUAUGCAAAACUGGAGACAUAGUCCUGAUCCAAGCGUUACCUGAGAAGCUAACCAAGUUAAUAACCCAUGAAAUAAAAGAAGUCGUUUAUCCGUUUGGCGAUAUAACCGACCCUGUUACAGGCAAGAAAGUUUCUAAAGAGCAAUAUAAAGAAGAUAUAGAAAGACAAACUGAAUUGUAUGGAAGGUUAAAGUCUACAUUCAACUACAAUAAAGCUCCACCGAGAGGUUGGCAGGAUGGCAAAAAAGAUUUUACUUCUAAACCAACAUACACAAAGUUCCAUGUUUUUGAUGAAAAUGAUCCAUAUGGUAUUUGAUUCCAUAACAUUCAUUUAGUUAAAUUAGUGAACAUAAUGCAAAUUUUAGUAGUAAAAAAAUGUAAUUAUUGAACAUUAAUCAAUAAAGCUACCAACUAUAAUAUA